UUAAUAAUAUUCAAUUGGUACAUAAUCAACGCGUCCAGUCAACCGUUUUACAGUAUCAGCGAACCUCAAAUUAAUUAUACUUCGUUACAUAUCCAACGAAUUAAUCGAUCAAUACGACACAUGGCGGAUUCGUGUUUUUGAAGUUCCAACGUGAAAUUUACUGAUUGUUCGUUCGGAAUAGAAUUGAUCGUCGGUCCAUUGGAAUACAUGUGGCAGAAUGUCAACUUUUCUUGGGUUCAUUAAGGAGAUACCUGGCAUCUCAGUGGAUCAUUUUGAAGGAGAAAACUUAAUAACAUCAUCUUCUGUAUUCUUUCUUAGUCAUUGUCAUACUGAUCACAUGAGUGGUUUAUCCAAAGAAUUUUUUAUGUAUUUAAACAAAUGUAAUAAGUAUCUCUAUUGUAGUCCUAUUACAAAAGCAUUACUAGAAUGUAAAUAUGAUUUUCAAAGUUGUGUUAAAGAAUUAAAUAUUAAUGCACUCACUGUUAUAGAAUAUGAACUGCAGAGUAAAGAGAAAAUGCUCAUUUCUGUUACCUCCAUUUCAGCUGGUCAUUGUUUAGGUUCUGUAAUGUUCAUGUUUGAAGUAAAUAAUGUGUCGAUAUUAUACACCGGCGACUUUCGCAUUAAUCCAACAGACUUUCCAAAGUUGAAGAACUUACAUUAUUACAAACAUUCUAAAUUAUUACCUAGAACAUUUACUACAAUUUACUUGGAUACAACUUUUUUAGAUUGUGAUUUUCCUUCUUUGCCUACCCGUGAAGAAAGUCUAAUUAAGAUGAGCAGUGUCAUAAAAAAAUGGAUACAUACAGACCCAAGAAAUGUUGUUACCCUGGAGUGUUCUGCCACAUAUGGUUCUGAAUUCCUAUUUGUUGAACUUUCUAAAAUGCUAAAUAUGAAAAUUCAUGUAACAGAUUUUGUGUAUAAAAAUUAUUGUCGCAUCGAGCAAUUAUUUCAUCAUGUUACAAAUGAUCCAAGUACUACAAAGAUUCAUGCUUGUACACCAAAACACUAUAAUAAGUCUCGUUUAAAAUGUAGAAAUGAUGUGCUCGAUAUACACAUCAUGACUAUUAUUCCAUCUGUAAUGAAAUGGAGAGGUAAGGAUACAAGCAUAAUAGGAGAAUGGGAUAAAGAAAAAAAGAGAACUUACAAUGUAUGCUAUUCUACACAUUCUUCUUUUGAUGAGCUCAAAACAUUUAUUCAGUAUUUUAAUGCAUCAGAAAUACAUCCCUGUGUAGUUAAAAAUGGGAAAGAAAAGGAAAUGUAUCGUUUAUUGGAUGAAAUAAGAGGAAAAUCAGAUAAACAAAAAACGAUUAAUCAAAUAUAUAAACUAGAAUUACCUAUUCAUAAAAUAGCAAAUAAAUCUUCCUUUAAGUCUGAAUAUUUUAAUAGUGAUGAUGAUAGCACAUGAUGCUUACUUAUUUUAUCAAUGAAAAAUAAAUUAUUUAUUUAUAUUAAUGAAUAAAUCACACCACGUGGUUAUAGGGAUAUUAAUAAUUAUUUGAUAAGUUGUUGAUUGAUGAAAAGAUUGUUACAUAGCAUUUUUAUAUAUAUAUAGAUAUAUAUUAACAAAAAGACAAUUGUAUAUCAUUCUUAUAUAUUUUAUGCAUAUUAUUAAAAAGAUUGUAUU